CGAAUUCGAUCACGAACUCGAAUUUCUAGGGCAAACUGAGAAUCGAUGGAGAAAGGAAUGAUUUCAGUAGACCGGUGGUCUGAAGGAAGUCAGGUGUAUUUCUUGACGCAUCUUCACGCCGAUCAUACCAACGGUCUCUCUCCGACCUGGAAACGUGGUCCUCUCUUCUGCUCAAGCGUCACCGCCAAGCUUUUCCCCUUCAAAUUCCCCGGCUUCAACCUUUCGUUGCUUAGCGUUCUCGAUGUUACUCAUUGGCAUUCGCUUUCUCUGAUUUCUCCGUCCUCUGGCUUGGAGACCACUGUACAAGUCAUGGCCAUAGACGCUCAUCAUUGCCCCGGAGCAGUUAUGUAUCUGUUUCGAGGUGAGUUUGGCUGCAUGCUUUACACUGGGGAUUUUCGUUGGGAAACAACCAGUAAGAGAGCACAGAUCGGAAGGACCACGUUACUUAAUGCUCUCAAGAAUGAGAAACUUGACAUUCUUUACUUAGAUAACACGUACUGCAAUCCAUUGUAUUCUUUUCCUUCUCGGGAAGUUGCUGCGAAGCAGGUUGUCAAUAUCAUCAGCUCUCAUCCUGAACAUGAUAUUAUCAUAGGGAUUGACUCUUUGGGCAAAGAAGAUCUUUUGCUCUAUAUUUCACGUCUGCUGAAUAUGAAGGUUUUAAUGCUGAAGAUGCAAAAGAAUUAUAUUUGUGAUCCAUUGCCUUUCUUUGUUGGCAGCAAUACAAGAAAUCCUGUUGGUUGGGAACUGAAGGAUAUCCUGG